AUGCUGCUACUUCCAACACUGAUCACUUUUGCUCUGGGAAUAUCCCUGUUGAAAACAUCAACUGCAAAUCCAAGCCAGAGUGUUCAAAAAUGGGAUCUAAGUGCAUGUGCAGUAGUUGUAUGUGGACCUGCUCAGAACGGAUUACCAGGCAGAGAUGGAAGAGAUGGGAAAGAAGGCCCUAAAGGAGAAAAAGGAAGUCAAGGAUUACAGGGAUUAAAAGGGUCACAAGGUCCCCCAGGAAAGAUGGGCCCUGCUGGACAAGUAGGAGGAAAGGGCUCACUAGGAGAAAAAGGCACAAAAGGAGAUAUUGGAGAUAGAGGAUUACAAGGAGUCCCAGGUCUGAAGGGUAACCCAGGCAAUGCGGGCCCUUCUGGGCCAAAAGGGGAUAAAGGUUCACCAGGUGAAAAAGGAGUAAAAGGGGAGGGAGGCCUGCCAGGAACUACAGGUUCACGGGGCCAGCCAGGAAUCUCAGGCUCCCCUGGGCCAAAAGGGGACAAAGGUUCAGUAGGUGAAAAGGGAGCAAAAGGAGACAAAGGAGACAAAGGGUUACAAGGAAGCUCAGGUUUACAGGGCCCCAAAGGGCAAAUUGGUUCUCCUGGGCUAAAAGGUGAUAAAGGUUCAGUAGGUGAAAAAGGAACAAAGGGAGACAGUGGACUAUCAGAGAUCAAUCUCCUUAAAAGACAAGUAAGUACUUUGGAAGGGCAGCUGAGAGCUCUGCAAAGCAGCUUCUCCAAGUACAAACAAGUUAUAAUGUUCCCGAAUGGCAGAAUUGUCGGUGAAAAGAUAUUCAUGACCAGUGGCUAUGAAGGCAACUUUGACAGUCUGAAACAAAGGUGUUCCCAAGCUGGAGGCCAGCUUGCUUCUCCUCGGAAUGCCGCCGAGAAUGCUGCCAUCCAGCAGAUAGUUGUUUUGUACAACAAACCAGUGUUUCUUGGGAUAAAUGAUAUUCAGACAGAGGGUCGUUUCAAGUAUCUAAAUGGAGAAAACAUUGUGUAUUCCAACUGGCAAACAGGAGAACCAAAUAAUGACAAAGGCAUUGAGGACUGUGUAGAAGUCUAUUCAAGCGGAAAGUGGAAUGACAAAUCCUGUGGAGAGAAACAGCUAAUUGUGUGUGAAUUUUAAACCACCCGUCAUAUUGCCUUUGCUUCACUUGAUGGAAGAGACACAUGCUGUAGUGUGUUAGAAUCAAAUAUCUGUAAUUUUUAAAGGGGCUUUGCAGGUAUAUAGGAUAUCAAAGUUUAAAACAAAAUCAUCAGUUUCUGCUUUUUGUGCUAAACAAUGAUAGUUCAAAUAGAAAGCAGUUUUCCUUCAUGUACUGAGUCUGAUAAAAUCCAAAUAAGUAGAUCAACCCCAUGCAGAAGGAUACAUUGAUGGAUUAGUCUCCUAGGAAAUACAAGACAGACUUGACAUUGUUCUGAUUGGCCACAAGAGGUCACCUGUAUGACUAACUAACAUGCUUGGCAGUGCAUUCUUUUGCUUGGCUAACAUUUAUUAUUUAUUUUUCUAUGGUUGUACUCCAGAGACACCCCAUUCUAAGUCAGAGUUAAAUUGUGCAAGGAUCUGUACAAACACUAGGAAGACCUAGCCCCAAAGAGCUUAUAUUUGACUUUAAGAAGUAUUCUGUGCUUCUCUACUUGGAAUUAUUUCAGGACAUAUAUUUGUGUUAAAACUUGGAUCCAUUUCUUGAAAUGUCUAGUGACCUAGAAGAAUAUAAGCUACCGCAUUUUUGUACUGUUGUUCGUUGCUUGAUUUUUUUUGCCAGUGAAUUGUUGUAUGUACUAUACUUUCAGAUAUGAAGGGUUUACAUGGAAUUAGAUGACAGACUGCAUGAAUUUCCCCAGAUAGUCUCAGAUCUUCAGUAAAAUUAGUUUCAUUAGAAACUAAGAAAAUCUUCUCAAAACAAAAUGAAUGAUAUUAAAGGAGGAACAGGGCCGUCCCUAGCUAUUCUGGGGCCCUAAGCUGAUGGCUUAAAUCUAGUUUCAGAUGAUGCACACAGUACCUUUUUAUUUGUAAACGGGAUGGGUAUAAAAAGGAUAGCUUUAGGAGUGUAACUGUGGGAGCACACGUUGUGUGUAAGGUGAAUGUAACAAUGCUGCACGAGACAGCUUCCCAAAGACUGGUGUUAUAUUGAACCUUUUUUCUGUACUAUAUUAUUAUUGGCUUUUAGGAAUAAACCUGACUGA